AUGCGCCGGGGCAGAGCUGGGAUCAAAAAAUCUCCGAAGCAAGAGACGUUGGCAAAGUGGCUUGGGAUUCUUGAGAGGUUCCUUGUCGAUUUGGUUGGACCGGGAAAAUCCGCAGAUGCCGACUUGAAGACCUCAUUGCAAGAUGUGUUUUCUCAGAAGGCGAGCGUCACAAUCUCAGGUCGUGCCGGGCCUCUAGCCAGGUACGUCAAGCAUUGCCGAGGUAGCCAAGUCAAUCCUUUCCCUGUCACCGAAGCCGCGGUCUGUGCUUUCCUUCAAGACUAUGCAUCACACGAGGCGCCCACUUUCGCAAGAAGCUUCUUGAGCAGCCUCGCUUUUGCAAAGUUCACUGUGAGCUUGAAGGUGAGUGAUGAAGUCUUUGGCCACAGGGCUGCAGGUGCAAUGACUUGUGACUUGAGCGAUACUCCAGAUGCGUUGUGGGAUACCUUGAGGCUGCUGUUGAGCGAAGCAAAACUUCGUUUUCACUGGAAAGAAAGGAGGGUGGCAAACGGCGCCGUUGGCGGUGGCAAGUGCCACGAAAUGGAUGAAGCGACGACCUUGAGUUGGAGCGCCAAACUCGGACUAGCCCGCGAGGUGAGGGCGGCCCUUGGUUAUCACGCCAGGGGCCGUGAUGGAACCGAGAUCAUUUAUGGGAGAGACAACAUGUCUGCUCCUGUGCGCCGGCUGCAAGAGGUCCUGCUCGAAGUGUCACGCGAAAGGUUCAUGCCUGAUGCCACCAGGUCCGGUUACUUCGUGAAGCGCUUUGAAGAUCCAGAGGGGAUGCCCGUUCCCCCUGACGAGGUUCUGUCGGAUUCUUCUUCCGAGGCUAGCGAGGAUGCCGAGGAUGUCGAUCAUGAAGCUGCGGAGGCCGCCGCCGAUGAGCUGGGGAGGCAAUGGGAGCCCGAUGCAGGCUUGCGGGCCGAGCUUGAGGCAGUCCCUUUGUUCAGGAAUAAAGACAGCCGUUUCAUUCAUGCCGUCGCGUCCGAGGAAGGCGACAAGUUCAGAUGUGGCAGGAGCAUCUCAACCAGGUAUGUAAAGCUGUCUGCGGUGGGAAACUUGAGGAGGCUGGCUUUCAUUUCUUCUUUCACCCCUGGCCAGACAGACGAGGAGCCUUUGAUGCGGGUGUUGAAGGAUAUCCUGAAACGAGAUCUGACAAUCGCAGACAAGGCCAAUUGGCGUGCGGUGUACAAUGAGGCUUAUGCCAUUGUGACCGCGGAAAUGAAGCAGCGGAUCGAGAAGUCGCAGCCUGAGAGGUCUGAGCGUUACGAGCGGCAGGCAAAGAAGCUUGUCGGAAUCUCGCUAAAGGGGCCUGUGGAGCCUGCCGAUGCACUUGUCGACCUUGCUGUGGCCUCCUACGAGGCGAAUGAGCUCAGGUACAUUCCGUGGGACCGGUGUGUAUCAAAGGAAGCUGAACUGGCUGGCGAGAAGAAACGAGAUGUUAGGUUCACGGUCGAAGAGUCCUCUGGCAAGCUUCGGAUUGGGCAUAAGCAGCCUGACUUGGUUGCGGAUACUUCUUCAGAGAUUCUUGUUCAGCAGGCCCUCACGAGGAGGUCUCUGGCCAUGGACCAGGCAAACCUGAUCGAUUUCAGUGUCUCCGACCAGUGGACUCAGCGCUUGAUGAAGGCUCGCAUGCAGACGCCUGCGGAGCAUUUUGUCAGGCCAACUUGGAAGCAGCUUGAGUCGGCGGAUCGGCAACUGUUUGCCGAGCUUCGUGAUAAGACCAGGGCAGGAGUGCAGACCGUCGCAUCGGGUCGCCCGUUGGACACACUUCUGCCGGAUGCGAUGUACAUGAACGAGGUGUCAUGCUUAUUGCAACCUCUUCCGGCCCCUGUUCUAAAGGAUGUUCCCCAGAAGCCGGAUGCUCCCAAGUGGGAGAGGCCAUCUCCUUACACCAAAGGUGGGGGCAAAGGAAAGAAAGGAUGCUCGACGAAGGGGCAGAAGUGCGAGAAGGGCUUGCACAUCUGUGCAGGUGCUUCGCCGGCGGCCGGUGCUCCAGAGAGUGUGCAUCAGCCGGCAGCGAUGACCGCACAGGUGGGUGAUCUCCGAGAGGGAGUUCAUCGGCCGAGCAAUGCAUGCGCGGGCGGCUCUCCUCCGAGUGGAGAGGAUUGUCGUCCGCAAUCCGGUGUUGAUCGAGAGGAUCAUCACGUGCACAACGUUGGCUCUCACAGUGCCAUCGCCCGGCCAUCACCAGGUGUGGUGGAGGCCGCACGCAGCAGGUCCCCGAAGCCCCGUGACGGGGCGGAGUCACAGAGCGGCACAGCGAGCUCUUCACUUGACGAGGGUCAUGUGAGUGCCACCGAUGUUCUGCGAGUUUUCGAUGGUCUUCCUUCGGAUGUCUUGAAGAGGGGUGCCGAUGCACCUCUCCCAACUUCGAAAUCUUAUGCCACGGGAGCGUAUGUUCUUGGUGGCAAUGUGGGCUUGAAGGCCAAUGCCUCAGCCAAUCCGGAGGCGCUCAAGGUCUUUGCAAGGUUUGUGAGGCAGCGUGCACCGGGGUUUAAAUUUUCUUCAAUAAAUAUAUUCGAGGAUGUUCGCACUGAGCGCCAUCGUGAUCAGUGGAAUGCCAACUUGCAUAACUUGGCGAUUGCACUAACUGAAUUCUCAGGUGGAGCCAUCUUUGUGGAGCAUGAAAACGGUCGGGAUGUGUCCGACCUUAAUGGUGCUCGAGGCUCUCGCUUGCAGGUUGCACAGGGCCCUGUCCGAUUCAAUGCCAGACACAAUUGGCACUACACCGAGGCGUGGAACAUCUUGACCUUCUCCGCAAGUGUCAUGUUGAUGUUCCGGAAUGCGCGCCCGAGGGCGCGCGGUUGGCGCCUGCAGAAGUGUGUGAUCAUCAGCGGCACCUGUGAGCGACCCUGGUGUCCCUUGAAGCCCGGUUCUGCUCUCUAUGUCGAGAUAAAGUGUGGGUCCGGGCUGCUGUCGGCUCGGGUGCGGCGGGACGGAUUCCAAAUCAUAGCGCUUGAACAUUCUCGCCCCGCUGGGCGAGUGCACACUCAUCUUGUCCCUGUGGACAUUGAAACUGAGUCGGGUUUUUCCUUUGCGCAGACUGUCAUCAGCCAAGACGCCCCUUUUCACGUGCAUUUCUUUCCUGCGACCAAGGAUUGUUUUAAGGCUACUUUUAGCGCCGGGCAAACCAUUCGCCUCGCCAAGCUCUUGCUCGCAUCUGAUUCACAUUGGAGUGUCUUGCAUCCCCGGGCGUCAGCCCUGUGGAAACAGCUCGACUUGCCCGACACCCUCCAUUGCGUAGACUUCUGUGCAGGUUGCUACGGGGCUCCCUGUCCGGUAAAAAUGCGCCUGUGCACAACCCAGGCCGCGCUGGCUGGCAUGCCGGUGCCAGCGUGUCGUUGUCGCCCCGGGCCCCAUGCUGCGGGCUCGCUUGCACCAGAUGUCUUGUACACACCCAAAUUCUGUGAUGUGUUUGCUGGCCUCCUGCAGCUGGCGGUUGGCCAGUCUGGCCUCUUACUUGAGCACGCUGUUCCACUUCAGAUUUCGCGACAUUCUGCCGUCGCAGCCGCUGGGCGGCAGCCUCGAUUGUCAAAAUUCCAGCCGCAGAUCGCCGAGUUUAAGUGCCAGGUCGGAAGCCUGUCAGGUGUGCCUUCAGCAGUUACCUUUGGCAUUUACCGCACGGAACAAGAGUUUGUGGCUCAGGCAUUGCAUAUCGAUCAUCCUUUCGACUUGUGCGUGGCAGUCCCAGACUUCAUGUUGAGAGCGUUGGCUUUCACCUUGAAAGAGGGCCCGGUUGGUGUGAUGAAACACCGUCUGAAUUUGCUCCAGCAGUGGACUUCUUGGAAACGCGAUUUGGCUGGUGCCGAAGCAAAUCUGCAUGCUGCCAUGGAUCCUGGUGUAGCCUCUGUUAUGAAGGGCAAGAACAUUUUGCUUUUGGAAAAGAUUGCAUCAUCUUUCAGUUGGCCUGACACUGAAGUCUUCGAACACCUCAAGCAUGGGUUUCCUUUAGUGGGGGAGUCGAGUCCUUCUGGCAUUUUCGAUGUGGAUAGAAAACCGGCUCUGAUGACAAGGGCAGAGCUUGUGCAGCAUGCUAAAUUCCUUAGGCCUGCGCUGUGGGCGAAGGUGGCGAACGCGGAGGUGGACGAUUUAGCUCGGGAAGUGUGGGACUCCACACAGCAAGAGAUGCUAGUCAAGGAGUGGCUGACAGGGCCUUACUCGUGGGACGAGCUGCAAGCCCGUCAUCCAGAAGGCUGGCUUCCGGUGCGGAGGUUCGGCAUUGUGCAAAAAGCCAAGACGCGGUCGAUUGACGAUUUGGCUGAGAACUCUGUAAACUGCGCUUAUGCUGUUUCGGAUCGGAUUUCUUUGAGGGCCCUUGAUGAAUUGGUCUGGCUUGCAAUCACUCUCUUCAAGAUCUUCAUUGCAAAAGGCGAGGUGAGCAUCCCUUUGUCGGACGGUGACCAUCUUCGCUUUCCGGUGCAUUCCUUUUGGAGGGCCCUGAAGCCCGAUGCGCUUCAGCCGAGCUUGAAAACAGUGGACUUGAAAAGUGCUUAUAAACAGUUGGCGGUUUCUCCACGAGACCGCUGUCUGAGCAUAGUGGCCAUCAAGGACCCGGUUUCGGGGCUCGCGUUUGGCUUCGAGAGCCGAACCCUUCUGUUUGGAGCCACCUCGUCGGUGGUUUCAUUCAAUCGCGUUGCAAGACUGCUCCAAAGGGUUCUUAUUGCGUUGCAGGUGCUCGCCUGCAACUACUUCGACGAUUACCCGGUUUUAGAGGUCUUGCCACUUUGUAACAACACGCAGUCGACUAUCAGAGCCGCGUUGGACCUGCUGGGUUUCGCCUGGGCAGAGGAUAAGGAUCUUCCCUUCAGCCAUGAGGCCGAACUUCUAGGCGUUCGGGUUGACCUUGGAAGCUUUGGGGUAGUUAAGAUUGGGAAUAAGCCCGAACGUGCUACUGCCAUUGCUGAGGCGGUGGACUCCGUCUUGAGUGCGGGCCAUCUUGAUCCGAAGACUCUGCCGUCUUUGUUCGGUCGCCUCCAGUUUGCCGAGGGUCAGCUGCACGGGCGAUUGGGCAGACUGGCACUGGCCGACCUUAGGGCGUGCACGAUGAGUUCUCAGGCCAAAACCCUUGAUGCCACGGCUGUGCAGGCCCUUUGUAAUCUUAGGUCCCGGGUUCUUGGGGGUACCCCUAGGAUAGUCCCGGCCUGUGUGGGGUCUCGCCGUUCUGUGAUUUUCACAGAUGGAGCGUAUGAGCCGACGAAUGAAACUCACCCUGCCACUGUCGGAGGAGUCUUGUACCAUUUCGACAACGGCGCGUGGUGCACUUUCUUCUUGGCAUGUGCUAUCCCUUUGAGCGUUGUACAGAGCUGGGAGGCUCUCGGGAAAAGGCAUUUGAUAGGCCCAGUUGAGAUGUAUGCAGUGGUAUGUGCGAGAGAAGCGUGGUCGAAGCACUUGAACAUGCAGAGGGUGACCAUGUAUGUGGAUCACUCCGGAGUGUUGGCCUCUUUGGUGAAAGGCUCUUCUAAAGACCCUUUGUGGAGGCAACUCUUGCUGAUCUUUGAGAGCUGCGAUGCUGAGGCGAUGCUCCCUUGGUUUAGCCGCGUUCCAAGUGCAAGCAACCCGGCCGAUCCUCCUUCGAGAGCUAAGUCAAUCUUUCCAGUCAAGGGGCAGGUGUGCAGAGUGUCGCCUCGAUGCCCGAUCAAAGGCAAUGCCACGAUUGAUCUCCUUCUUAAGUGA